UCCGUCUUCUCGCCAACACGGCGGCCUUAGAUCAUCUCCUCCUCAGCCACGCUUGACUUAUGCUUACCUGGGGAGAAAAAUAAGUGUCUUGCCUCCCUUUGUCACCGCCACUUUGAUGUCUCAAGUGUGAUUUGUCCGCUUUCCCUUGAUGACAUGAAAAGCGGGGCGGCGGGACUCCGGGCGUCGUCCCGCCACCGAUCCACGACUAAAACAGUCAGCCCCGGCGCUCUGCUGGAUACGAUUACCCGGGAAGAGGGAGGCGCGAGACAUUGAGGCCUCCUCAGGCGUGACAUCCACUUUACCUCCAAGUUACACGAGACUUUUAAGGGGCUCUGAUUAAAUUAUGCCUUGAAACCAUUUUGGAAAAGAGAAUAGCCCUUCGCCGAGGUUGAGCUGUUCACUAAAGUCCGACUCCAUUCUCGCUAGCCGACGUUUGCGCAAUUAGCAGCAUGUACUCUGACAAGAGUGAGGCAGUAGAUACCAUUUAAAAGAAAAAAAAAAAUCUGCCAUCUUCAUGUCAAGAAACGAUGUUGAAGUAACCUGAUGAGAUUCACUUGUACAAAAGUUGCGCUUUGCCGCCAUUGUAACAUACCAAGACGUUUUAAGAAACUUGAAAAUCCAUUUGACAAAAAUUCUACUUAAGCCUCGCACGAAAAGUCUUCAAAUAUUUUCUCGAGUGUUCAAAUUGCGCGAGUAAAAGCCAAAUAGUUGAAAAGUGUCGACAUUGAGCUGAGGCUGAACAAACGCCUUGUGUGGCGGGACUGUCGACUGACUGAAUAGGCACCUGCGUUUGUCCCGAGCACACAGCUAACGGGGGAUUUAGGGUCUAAUAGUAGACCCUCCGCCGCCCCCCUUGUCCUUUUAAAGCCUAUUGAUCCACAUAAUCAGGGCCAGAAUUAAGUUGUGACAGACGCUUCUCAAGAAGACGCUGUUGGAUAAUUGAGGGAGGCCUCAAGGCCACAGAGGUGACGGCUCACGUCGGGCUUCACGCAUCGGGCCUCACGCGCCUCUCCCAGAUGACGCGCUAACAAUGAAAAUCUGUCUUGUGUUUUUAGCAACGAGACAAUGAAAGUUUUCCGUGGAUUUAGACCAUCGGCGUAAACUCAGAAUCGACUUGUUUGAGCUUGCGCUCGUUAAUCGGGAACCAAACUCCUGAGCUUAAGCCGUCGCCGGGAAAGACAUUUAGCGAUGUGUUUUAUAUCGGCGGGCCAGCGGUGACACGGAGCGACAAUCACGACAACCUCGGCGUGACGAGGUACGACGUGACUUAAUGGACGUUGCCGAUAUUACCAUUUGCCGGAGUUGCGCUAAAUGCCGUGCGUGGACGGACGGAUGGUAAUCAUCAAUUACGAUUCAUCAAUGUGAUGUAAUUUGCGGGAUGGAUAAGAUCAACGUCUAAUGAGAGCCUAAGUGAUGCCGGCGCUGUUAACGACGUGUCACAUUCUCAUACUCGUCAGAGUGAGGCCGAGCGGCUUCAAUCGGCGGUGAUUCAUGACGUGAAUUUUCAUGCGCAAAUUGCAAACACAUUCAAAUAUGUUUCUUCAAUCUUAUAUUUAAUUAGCUUAAUCGGUGAUAAUACAAGUUUUAUUAAAUGGAACAAUUCCUGAUACUAACUGGCUAAUUCGGCCAUCUUGUGUCAAGUUACCAUUCCAAUAUCAACACGGUUCCUCCUCAAAUAUUCUCCAGUAAUCCUUGAAAGUGGAAUGAGAGCUCCGCGGAAAACCUAAUCCGCCUCUGCCAAGGUGUUAAAUCGGUGUUUGAACAGGUGCAGAUGAAAGCGGCCGCAGGUGAGGGCCAAGGAAUGACCACCUUGUGACUCAUCCUCGCGCUCUGACUUGGUCGCCGAUCAAAGUUGCCGUCAACGGUGUUGACAGAUCAAUGUUUUCACCGAUUUCAGAUGAUUUUAAUUGACGCGCACCUGCGUUUUGAUUCACCAAUGACUCGCCAGCGAUCCGUCAACGGUUGGCGCGCUCGUAUCCAGAAGUGUUAAUAAUAAGUGUAAAAUGUGUUGAAGGGUUUUAAUGGUGUUUGGGAACACUUGGGACGAAUGACAGCGAGUCGUGGUCGGAUGAGAGGAAUGAUGAACGUGAUAGCUGCUCUCCACAGAUGGAGUCAUGAUGUCACAUCAGUCAACCCUUUCACAGUGUCUUACGUCAGUCCAGGAGUUCCUGACACCGAUACCAGGUAUCGAUACUCACCCAUCCCUAAUCUUUUGGAGACAUUCAAUGGUCAAAUUCAACCCAAUUAUUGUUAAUUGUGGACCCGACUUCAGACUAUUAACUGCCCUGAACCCGGUCGUCCUAAAAAAGAUGACAUCAUCCCUCUUUAGUGUGAUGAGUCCUUCCAUAUCAACAGCAAAGGUGUGCUUGGUAAAGUUGUCAGUUAGCAGGCGUGUUUAUUUUGGAAGCCGCCGCCUUUCAGAUCUCGUUUGACGACUCUUCCCGAGAUAAGACCCAGCGAGUACUUUUCGUGUCUGAACAGACGACCUCUCGAUUGAGUUUCCCUCCAUGGGACCGAUUGAAACUUCAGACGCGCAAAAGAUGUUGCGACACGUCGGAUCAAGAAGAGCGUCUCUUCCCGCGCCGGCCGACUAAACGCGACACUGACGAUCCGAUGAAAGACGGGGUUAGAUGUGAGAGAAGGUCAUGUGACUCGGAAGGGGAUCGGAGGAGAGAGGGCGGGACCACCUGAAUCACUCUUACCUUUUACUUCAUCCCGUCACUGAGCCCCCAACACAAAAGAACCAGCCACCAAAGCAAGAGCCAUUGUUUCUCCCCUGGGAUGCCUUCCGUGUAGGACUCACAGCCAGAACUGGAUCCCCUCGGCCAUGUUCGGGCCCGGGCAACUGGUCUCCGCUCUCCUGCCUGCGGUUUUCCAUUCACCCGUGGCGCCGUUUUUCCCCCCCUUCCCGGCCCAGCAGUUCCUCAUCCCGGCGGGGCCCUACAUCAGCUACGAGGCCCUGAGGAGUUACCUGCAGCCUGAGCCAUGCAAGGAGGCGUUCUUGCUGGCCACGCGGGCUAUCGGCAUGGCUCCGCUGAUGGAUGGUGUGGAUGAACAGAGGCCGGUGAAGCAGCGUCGCGCCCGCGCCAACUACAGCAGCUGGCAGCUCGAGCAGUUGGAGAAGGCCUUCGAGAGCACCCACUACCCCGACGUGUUCAUGAGGGAGGCCUUGGCCCUCCGGCUGGACCUCAUUGAAGCCAGAGUGCAGGUUUGGUUCCAAAACCGGCGUGCCAAGAUGAGGCGUCAGCUGAAGCUUCAGGGCCAGCGUGCUCAGCCCAAAGCAGACUGCGGAGACGUCCCGGAUAAAACAAUGCACCGUUUUAAACAUCGCAUAGACGCUUCCGACAGUGAGCACUGGCCGCGAGCUCAGGAAGGCGACGACGACAACUACCCGUGGACAAAAGCAGCCGGUGUUGCGGCGGCGGCUCAGAAUUCAGAGCGGCUGCGUUCCAGCAGUAUCGCCAAGCUGAGGGCCAAAGCCAGGGAGCACGAGGCCGAGAUUGUCGGCGCGGUGGUCCAAACGCAGGAAGUGGAAGCCGUUCGCUGUGAUUGAUCACUUUCCUACUUCCUGUUUUUACAGAUCAACAUCACGCUGUAAAAGUGAAAAAAAAAAAAAAAAAAAAGACUGCUGCCACGGACACAACCACGGACUUCAUUGGAGGAUCUCAGACUGGCCAAGUCCGGACCUUAACCUUGAGUAAUAACGCAUUUUACCUUCUUAAGAGGAGACUGAAGGGAGAAACUACCAGAAACAAACAAGAACUGAAAGAUGCAGUAACGGCCUGGAAAGUUAUUUCAAAAGAAAAAUGAAGACAAUGAAAGGCAACAACAACACAGUCGACUUUGCCGUUCCGAUACUUUUGGAUGGGACUAUAGCUGGACCAGGCCUUGAUUUUGUUACUUAAGUAAAACAUGCAUGUUUACUUUAAAUAAAACCAAAUUGAGUUAUGUGAUUAAGCAAUAAUGUCUCAAAAUGGGAUGAAAGCACUGCCAGUUGUUGAAAUAUCACUUUUCCCCAGUUUUUUCUUUCUCCAUAUAGACUUUAAAUACCUUCUUGUUUUGUAUGUUGAUGUAAAUAAUGUUGACAGCACAUCUUAUUAUGAACUAGUGUAGUAAAACACUGCACCCUACUGGACAACUUCAUAGGCAGACAUUUUUUCUUUAGCUAAACCAAAUAUAAUAAUGUAUAUACUCAUACAUAGAUGAUUUGGGCUAAUUUAUCUUUGGAUACUCCACAGGUGGUUUUAAAUUAUUUAGCAGUUUACCUGGGACGAAUCAGCGGUUUCCUAUCAUUUGU